AUGUUAGCAACUUAUCAGGCGUUUCUAAACCUUCCGUCAACGUCAUCAGCACUUCUUUUGUGCACAGACGUUGCUGCGCGAGGGCUAGAUGUUCCUGAUGUGGAUUUUGUGAUACAAAUGGACCCUCCACAAGAUCCUAAAGUUUUUGCUCAUCGAUGCGAUUUCUUAAAAAUCCGUAAAAUUCCUCUGCAGCAAUUGGCGUAUAUUUUACCUGGUGAUAGCAAAUUCAGCACAAAUUCUUUAUCGGUAAAUGAUGAUGAUUUAAUACCACAAGAUCCUGUUAUUGACGAUGACAACGAGGCUUUGUUGGAACAAGUUCGAAAAUUUGUUUUGACGGACAGAGACUUGCAUGAUAAGCAAAAAAGAUUGUCGAAAUUAGAGAGUGAUAAAGUGAAAUUGAAUGACCAGCAAGUUAGGAUUGAACGCAAAAUCAAAAGAUCAAAAAAGAGAGAAUAUUUAAAAAAGCGAAAGGCCGAAGAGAUGAACGGAUCGUCCGUGGAUAUUAACAAAAAUAAGGAUGUAAGAAGUUAUUCUGAAGAUGAAUGGGAGGAGUUACAAAAAGAGGAAAGAUUAGCGAAGAAGCUCAGAAAGGGUAUAAUUAAUCAAGAAGAUUUCGAAAAAGAAAUGGGAUUAGUGAUUGAUGAUGAAGUAGAUGCAUGA